AUGGCCACUUCUGAGGGGGACCGACUGGAAUUCGUUUUCUUGCAAGAGAUACCGCAACCAAAACAGGGGGAAAUCCCCGCUGCACAAACAACGGCGAGUAAGAAGGGGCCGCGGCCUUUGGGCAAGCACAUCCCCCUCUUGGGGGAAGAGAGCUGCCAAGCCCAGACCCUGCAGGACCAUUUUCUCGUCCAGGCUUGGACACACGCAGAUUGGAGGAGCACAGGCAUUCUUCUUCGGCGACGAAAUCUUCAAGGUUCACACACGGUGUUGGCAUGUGGUGGGACCCUGGGACUCACCUGGGCCAAAGUGCGCACGACGUCGUUGGGCGUGGUGGGGCUCAUGUCGUGCCACCUGCCCCAUUGGACUACGUUGCAGCAAGCUGGAGAACUACUCCGCAACUGGUAUGACUCGACCAAGCCUCUGCACGGUCUUGCCCGACUCGUAUGUGGAGGUGACCUCAACGAGACAUUGACACUGGGGGAUGGAAGGGGGGCCUUUGGGGGGGCCACCGCAAGAGGAGAAGUGGUGGCUGCUUUCUUCCAGGAGCUUGGACUGGUUUCCGCGGAGUCUAGCUGGGCCGCGCCAACCUACCACCCCUACAACGACCAAAUGAGACCACGUCGUUUGGACUAUAUCUUUGCCAAAGGCCUGUGCAUGCUCGAGGCUGGCGUGCUAGAGGAGUCCAGACAUGAGAUGUCCUCCGACCACGAUGCAGUAGAGCUUCAGGUGGUGCAGCUGCCACAAACUCGUGACCCCCGACCCUGUAAGCUCAGGAAAGGGGUGCCAGUGAUGCCUGAAAAAGCAACAGCGCAGCUCCGUGCAACGGCCCCGCCUUCCGCGGGGGAAGGAUUGCUGGUUGAGUCGGUCGCCAACCUUUCGCAGAGACUCAUCGUGCCCAAAGAGUCCACGCGUUUCAGGGAAAGCGCACACCUGGGAAGGCUGCGGCAAGCGGCCCAACGAGCAAAAGGGGCAGCCUCGAGGGCGCUGUGGAAAGAGGUUCACGCUGUGCGGAAGAGUGAAAAACGUAAGUGGCUCAAGAGCCUCACGUUUUGGGCCACUAGAGGCAGCUGGGGGGCCUGGAAGAAGCUUUUUGGGUCGGGGCCCCGUAAGCUAUGGGAACCCCGCCUGGCCCAGCGCUACAACAACUGGGCCGACAACAUGACGGAGUACCUGGAGGGGAUCUUCUUCAGGGACAGUCUAGCCGAGAACGAUGCUGCUCGAGAUGAAGCAAGGCUCACCCUCGCGGUGAUCCCGAGCCCUUUUUGCGGGUUCACCAUGGAAGAAGUGCACAGGGUCAUGGCCAAAUGGAAAUCCGGCAGGGCAGCAGGCCCAGAUGGCGUCACCUACGAAGCGCUGCGAAUCAUCAUGAAGGACGAGGUGUGGGGGGGCUUUGUCCUGGAGGAGCUCAACGACUUCCUGAAACUGGGGUUCACGACAGAUGACCUGUACUGCACGUCCACGUUCAUGAUGGCAAAAAAGGCAGAGCCGACAUGGUGGGGGGACCUACGACCCAUCACCUUGUCUUCGGCCCUGCUGAAGCUUCUCAGCCAACUCACGCUGACUCGGGUGACACCGCUGCUGGGGACCACGCAUGAUCUACAGUGGGCGUCACCCUCGAAGCAGCCCCUGGAACUGGCAAUCAGCCUGGGGCGCAUGCUCAGGGUGUGCGAAGAAUGGAAACAGGAGACCUUCUUGGUCAAGAUUGAUAUAAGGAAGGCCUUUGACAGCAUCCGCAUCCCGAGACUCCUGGCUUUCAUAGCACGAAAGCUUGCCGCGCGCCCCAAGGAGGCGCGCUUGUUGAUUGAGAUGGUGUGCCACCUGGGGGUCCACGUGGAGUUUUUAGACCAACAGUUGCUGGUCAGACAAAGCAACGGAGUCAAACAGGGUGCCCCUGAGUCGCCAGUGCUAUUCGCAGCACUCAUCGCCGAGCUGGCAAAUGAAGUGGCGGAAGAGUUUAACAUGGCCAAGCCGCAAGAGGAGCCAGGGUGGGAGAUGCCCUUCAACCUGGCCACCUUCGCAGACGACAUGUACCUCUGGCAUUUCUGCCUGAGUCGACUGCAAGCCCUGCUCACAGCGGUAGAGCGCAAGGCGGCGGACAACGGACUGGACUUCCAGGGGGACAAGACCCAGGUGCUGACCAGCGUAGAAGGCGACAAGCGCACCCUCGUCAUCGGGGGCAAGACAGUCUCCUUCCUGAAGCCGGGGACACUGAUUCGUGUUCUGGGCACUCAACAGGGCUUCCGAAGGGGGCCCUCGGACAUUGCGGCGGAGGUCAACGCCAAGAUGCGCCAAGUCUUUUGGGCCCACAAAACUGUUUUCGCGGGAAAGAUGCCGCUCACCUGUAAGUGGGAAAGUUUCCACGCUGUUGUGAGGGGGGCCGCUUUAUGGCAAGCGGCGGCAUUGCCGCCGGGGCGCAACCUCUUGGCGGCCUUGAACACACAGCAACUCCGCCUAGUGCGGGUGAUGGCAGGCCUGAGGAGGAAGCAAGGGGAGCCCUUUGUGGAAUAUGAAAUGCGGAGCCUCCGGAUUUCACGCGCUCGGCUUCACCUCCACCAACAGGAACGCUUUUCCACUUUCGUUCUACGGCAGGUCUGGAGGUUGUACGGCCAUGUGGCCAGACAGAACAGCCGGGCCAAACAACUCCUCAGGUGGAGGGGGCCGGUUUGGUGGAAGGCGGAGCAACAAAAGAGAGGGGGCCGCCGACAUCCGGGCCGCUUUAAUGCGGGCAGGGAGGUCCAGAACGACAUCAACGCCUUCCUGGAGGUCGAUGACUGGAUGGAGGCUGCCCAAGACCGCAAAGCGUGGAAGCUCACGGAGAGAGCUUGGGUGAAGUCCCAAGACCUCCCGUGGGUGAACUGGGGGAGCGCGCUGACGAGCAGCUGUCCAAAAAACUGGCCCAACAGCUCCAACUCCAGAACUUGGCUCCCAACAAGAAGAAGAGGAAGAAAGCAAAGCCGCGGACAGGAGGCUCCCGGAAAUGCAAAAGACAGAGAGCCGUGA